AGAGUUGUUGAGCUUGAGACUGAGAAUACAGAAAUUUCAGUACUUAAAAAGAAGAUUAUUGAAGUUGAAGCAAAACUAGUAAUAUUAAAACAGAAACUAUUACAAAAUGAUAAUACUUCUAACAAUAGUGUUUCUAAUGAUAAUAUAUUUAACUUAAUUUGA